UUCCAGCCUCACACUCGCCUUACAUUCCCCCACAGUCACACCGAGCUCUGUGAUUCUGAGGAAUACCGUGUGCCAGCUACCGAUUCACAGUCUCCUUUUACCUGCAGGUGUUCCAGAAACUUCAAAAUGCGUCUGGAAGAAAUGAAAAGAUUGCAGAAUCCUUUAGAACAAGUUAAUGAUGGAAAAUAUUUACUUGAAAAUCACCAGCUGACCAUGGAUACGGAGAAUAAUAUUGAAAAGUAUCCCCUCAAUCUGCAGCCCCUGGAAUCAAAGGUGAAAAUCAUUCAGCGAGCCUGGCGUGAGUACCUGCAGCGGCAGGACCCUCUGGAGAAGAGGAGCCCGUCCCCACCCUCUGUGUCCUCAGAGAAGCUGAGCAGCUCUGCCAGCAUGAACACCUUCUCGGACAGCAGCACACCUGAUUACCGAGAGGAUGGGAUGGAUCUAGGCAGUGACGCCGGCAGCAGCAGCAGCAGCAGCAGCCGCGCCAGUUCUCAGUCCAACUCCACCAAAGUGACCCCUUGCUCCGAGUGCAAAUCCUCGUCUUCGCCGGGGGGCAGCCUGGACUUGGUGUCUGCGCUGGAGGACUAUGAGGAGCCCUUCCCGGUCUACCAGAAGAAGGUGAUUGAUGAGUGGGCACCGGAGGAGGACGGGGAGGAGGAGGAAGAGGAAGACGAGCGCGACGAGCGCGACGAGCGGGGGUAUCGGGAUGACCGCUGUCCGUCCCGGGAGCCGGGGGACUUGAGCGCCAGGACCCGUGGCGGCGGCGGCGGGGGCAAGGGCGCCACCACUGUCAUGCCGCCUCCCGUGCCCAAUGGCAACCUCCACCCGCACGACCCCCAGGACCUCAGGCACAAUGGCAACGUGGUGGUGGUGGCCGGCCGGCCCAGCGGUUCCCGGGGCCCCCGCCGGGCGGUCCAGAAGCCCCAGCCCGCGCGGAGCCGACGCGGCGGCCGGGGCCCGGCAGCUGGGGUUCUCUGCCUUCAGCCCACCGACUGCGGGACGUGCGUCCCGGAGGAGCCCCCGGUGCCCCCUAUGGACUGGGAGGCACUGGAGAAGCAUCUGGCUGGACUGCAGUUCCGGGAGCAGGAGGUGCGGAACCAGGGCCAAGCGAGGACCAACUCCACCUCCGCACAGAAAAAUGAGAGAGAAUCUAUCCGACAGAAGUUGGCACUGGGAAGUUUCUUUGAUGAUGGCCCAGGAAUUUAUACCAGCUGUAGCAAAAGUGGGAAGCCAAGCCUUUCCUCUCGGCUACAGAGUGGGAUGAACCUGCAGAUAUGUUUCGUCAACGACAGCGGCAGUGAUAAGGACAGCGAUGCUGAUGACAGUAAGACGGAAACCAGCCUGGACACUCCCUUGUCUCCCAUGAGCAAACAGAGUUCUUCCUAUUCUGAUAGAGACACUACGGAAGAGGAAUCCGAAUCCCUGGAUGACAUGGAUUUCCUCACAAGGCAAAAGAAAUUGCAAGCCGAAGCCAAAAUGGCCCUCGCCAUGGCCAAACCAAUGGCCAAAAUGCAAGUAGAAGUGGAAAAACAGAACAGGAAAAAGUCUCCCGUCGCUGAUCUCCUGCCACACAUGCCUCAUAUAAGCGAAUGCCUGAUGAAAAGAAGUUUAAAGCCCACCGACCUGCGGGACAUGACUCUCGGGCAGCUACAAGUGAUAGUCAACGAUCUCCAUUCCCAGAUAGAAAGCUUGAAUGAAGAGUUGGUCCAGCUGCUCCUCAUCCGAGAUGAGCUGCACACGGAGCAAGACGCCAUGCUGGUGGACAUUGAGGACUUGACCAGACACGCGGAAAGUCAGCAGAAGCACAUGGCAGAGAAAAUGCCUGCCAAGUGA